UUCAAUCCGUCUUCCCUUCCCCUCUACCAUAUUCGGCGUAAUCAAACGAACACGUCUCGAUUCACUCCCUCGUCGUCUCGCUUGGUUCUCACUUGCCGCCGUUGCCGCGAUCUCGUCAUUUCAAGGCCACGUCGAACCGUUGAAUCUCCUCGACAAGCUUGUCGCAAACAAAUUUGCAAGUUAAUAAAAGAACAAAAAGGUAUUAAAAAAAGGAUAAAAAAUGGCUGCAACCGCAUUGGCACAGGAAAGAGUUUGGUUCGAGAAACCUUCUUACGAUAGAGCAGCUUGCCUUCAUUUCGAAAGGCUUGCAAAGGUGGUGGCUGAUAAAAUACCGCAACAUCAAGAACUCGAAGCUUGCACGAAAAAUUUCACAGCCUCGUCGCAGCACGAGGCAAUCGAACCGUCGAAAAAAUCUAAGGAUAAAAAUAAUAAAGCUGCCAAAAGGCACAGAAAUGUUAAAGAAUCAAAGAGCAAUUCAUCCGAUACAAAAGAGCAAAUAACUCAUGUUCAGCAGGAAAGCCAACAGUCCAUUAGUCCAAUCAUUCCUGCGAGUGGAAGUUUGGUCAACGAGAUCGCCAAGGCUCGGCAGCAUCUUAAAAAAUCUUUACAGUGUAUGAACGGAAUCGCCGCUUGUUCGGAUACGACACUCCAAAAUGUCGUUGCUCGCUGUGCUGCACUCGAAAAGGAUAAUCAGGAACUCAGACACAGCAUAGAAGAACUACGAGAAUUGAUGAAAGAAUUGAAAGUUAAAGUCGACAUGAGCUGUCAUCCGAUAGCGAUUUGUCCGCCAAAACCGCAGGACCUACCGGUGUGUAAACCAGCUGAAAAAAAGACUGAGGAAGAAGACGACGUCGAUCUCUUCGGUUCCGAUUCUGAGGGUGAAGACGCAGAGGCCGCGAAAAUUCGAGAGGAAAGACUUGCCGCGUAUAACGCGAAAAAAUCCAAAAAACCAGUACUUAUUGCCAAAUCGAACAUUAUUCUUGACGUUAAGCCCUGGGACGACGAAACCGACAUGAAAGUCCUCGAAAGUGAAGUUCGAAAAAUCGAGUCCGAUGGACUUCUUUGGGGAGCAGCGAAACUCGUACCACUGGCUUAUGGAAUCCACAAGCUUCAGAUCUCGUGCGUGGUCGAGGACGACAAAGUGUCAGUCGAUUGGUUAACGGAGGCAAUUCAAGAAAUCGAAGAAUACGUACAGAGCGUCGACAUAGCAGCAUUCAACAAAGUUUAACUGAAGAAAAAAACCGGCAAAAAAACUUAAAAUCGUCUGUCGCGCAAGAGAAAUUUCAUCGGUAAAAGGAGAAAAAAAACAAACAUUAGACAAAUUGAAAAACGAGUUUGGCGCCCGAUUUCUUUCAUUCCACUAGCAAUAUACGAUCGUUAUUGAUCGCCUGUCGCAAUAUUUUUAGCGACAAAUCGACCUCGCCGCUUUUCUUUUUAAAAACGCAUGCCAACUUAAUAAAUAUGUAUGAUGUAACGUUUUCAGGAAUCGUAGAACACCGGAACAAUAUUUUAUUCAAAUAAAAAUACUCAUCGACUUCAACUCUA